CAGGCAGAAGAGGACGGGGACUCUGGCGAGCAGAUAACAAGGCAAGGCCAUGCAGUCCUUUCGCGAAAGGUGUGGUUUCCAUGGCAACCAGCAGAACUACCAGCCGACUUCUUCACAAGAUUCAUCACGCCUGGAGAAUUACAGGCAUCAAAGCCAGGCUGGGCCGCACUGCGAACGUCAGAGGCUGGUGGCAAAAGAGUACUACAGCCAGCCUCAGCCACAGCCGCCGCCGCCGCCGCCGCUGCCGUACCAAGGGUAUGGCGAAAACAGCGCGGUGGAGAAGUACCACCGGGGAAAUAAGCAACUGCGUGGCCAACAGCUCCCAAGUCGGCCGGCGUCCUUCCCAAAUUACACCGUCCAAGAGAACAGCCCCUACCCGGCCCGCUACUCAGGAGAGGAGAGUCUGCAGGCCUGGGGGUCGCCUCAGCAGCAACCGCCACAACCCUUGCCAGGAGGAGUGGCUAAGUAUGAGGAGAACUUGUUGAAAAAGACUGCCGCUCCCUCGGGGAGCCGGCAGUACCACGAGCAAACCCCUCAGCUCCCGUUCCGAACUCAUUCCUUGCAUCUCCAGCAGCAGCAGCAGCAGCAGCAGCCGCCUGCCUUGACCUAUCCCAAGCUCCCGAGGCAGAAGAUCCAGAAUGACGUGUCCUCUCCGAUGCCGUUCCCUCAGGGUGCCCACUUUACCCAGCAUUCCCAGUCGUUCCCGGCUUCCUCGACGUACUCGUCCGUUCAAAGUGGGAGCCAAGCGGCCCAUUCCUACAAGAGCUGUAACGCUUCCUCAGCACCCACGCCGCAUGAAAGGACUCUCGGGAAUGCUGCUAACCUGCCCUCUGGGCAACGGGUCCAAAGCCUACAUGGCUAUCAGCCUAACCGAAUCAGCUAUGACCAACAGCAACAGCAACAGCAACAGCAGCAACAGCAGCAACAACAAUCCCUACAAGGAAGACACCAUGCCCAGGAGGCCCUCCACUAUCAAAAUCUAGCAAAAUACCAACAUUUUAACCAGCCAGGUCAGAGCUACUGCCAAGCUGACACCCCAGUGAGGACACCAGACCAGUAUUACCAAACGUUUAGCCCCGGUUCCAGUCAUUCUCCAGCUCGUUCUGUUGGUAGAUCGCCAUCCUACAGUUCGACUCCUUCCCCACUGAUGCCUAACCUGGAGAACUUCCAAUAUAGCCAGCAGUCUUUGAGUACAGGGGCGUUCCCGGCAAACCUUGCCGACCACAGCCACUUCAUGCCUUUGCUGAAUCCGUCACCGACGGACGGGGCGAGCCCAGACACUCAGCCCUCCGGGAACUGUAAGAACUUGCCAAAGGAGAAAAUCCCCGAGAACCUCUUGUCAGAUCUGAGCCUCCAAAGCCUCACGGCGCUCACCUCUCAAGUUGAAAACAUUUCCAACACCGUCCAGCAGCUUCUGCUUUCCAAGUCCACAGGGAUGCCCCAGAAGAAAGGCAUCAAAAACUCACCGAGGACACCAGAACAGCUCAAAGGUCAGCACUGCAGCCCUGAAGGUAACAAUUACUCUGCUGAGCAAACAGGGACUCCCCACUCGGACGCCCUCAGCACCCCGCAGUCAGUCCAUGCUGAAACCCAGGAUGCCGACUACCUGAGCGGAUCUGAAGAUCACCUGGAAAGGGGAUUCCUGUACUGUAAUCAAAGCCGUAGCCCAGCCCGUAUCAACAGCAGCGCCAAGCCGAAGCCAGAAUCUGUUUCCACAUGUUCGGUGACUUCUCCAGAUGACCUGUCAACCAAGUCAGACGAUUCUUUCCAAAGCAUUCACGCCAGCCUGCCACUGGAGACCUUUACCAAGUUCGUGACCAACGAGAGGGAUUGCCCCAGGCUGCUUCUCAGCGCUCUUUCUCAGGAGGAGCUUGCAUCCGAAAUCAUUGGUUUGCAAGACGCUAUCAACGAGAAAGCGGACAAAGGGUGGGUCAAUUCCCCUGCUCCGAACAAAGAACCUGACAAAUCCCCCUUCCACUUAGAGAAUCACAGAACCUGCUUGGAUUCUGUGGUCAAAAGUCCGUGGUCCAAUCAGGGGGACUCGAAUACCCUUGCAGAACCCCUGAAAUUAGACAAAACCUUGGGAGGAAAUAAUGGGAAGAAUUUCACUGAGGAGGUUUACGACAGUUCCCAGGUGGCCUUUACAACAGCGGAGACAAAGAAUUCCCUUAAAACAACCAUCUCUGUAGCCUACAACUCCAAACCCAACAUCUCAGUGGCCACGUCCAGCUCAGAGACCACGAGCUUCAGCUGCUACUCAAACGCCACCGCUAACUCAGUGGGUUCUGAAAAUGCCAUGGAGAAUUUCGACUGGCCAGACGAAAACCUCAGCGACACGUGGAAAGAACUCGGGUCGAGCCUUCAAGCGUCAGACCUUUCCAAGAGUUUGUUCUCCAGCAAACUGAGCGAGACUUCUGAAGAGAAGAAGAACGCUUGCUGCCUGAGCCUCUGCGAUACUGAGGAGCCGUCCGGGCCUGAGCAAAUGGAGGGCUUCAAUCAACAGCAGCAGGCAAACAAGGAAGAGAACCUAAAUUAUGAUGAGCCCACCAGAGCAGACAGUGAACGAUGGCUAGAGGACACCACCAGGAACUCCUGCUCAGGUGGAGACUUCAGCGAACUUCCGAUGAUGUCCUCUCCAGACCUUAAAGAAUCUGACCUGGAACCUGAAGAAUAUUCCUCUUUGUGUGAGCUAGCCGGUUCUGAGCAGAAGUCUAUGACCUAUGAUGCGUUCACCCCUAAGCCAGCGGAGAAUGCCCCAGCCCUUACUCUUCAAAACACCCCAGGUUCAGCAGAAGAAACAGCCAGUGCCGUUGAGAAAGAGAACACCGCUCCUUCGUCCCAUUUAUCCGAUCAGUCCGUGAUCCUCUUAGGCCCGGCGGUUGGCACAGAGACAAAAGUGAAAAGUUGGUUUGAAUCUUCUCUGCAUCACUUGAAGCCCGAGGAGGAGAUGGCAGGAGGGGAGAACGCCCUUCCGAAUAAGACAGAGACACCAGCCGCCUUGCUAACGAAGAAACAAGUCUCACCGGAAACAAUGCCAAUAAUAUCGGAACCAACCUCCAGGGGCAAAAGUCUUCGGAGUAAGAAGGUCCACUGCAAGCUGUCAGGAGGAGAGGAACCUAUCCAGCCGAUGUCAAGCCCAUGUACUGGUAUCCAGGCAGCUGGCAUGGUGGCCAUCAUAUGCCCUGAUCCAAAUAAUCUAAUGGAAAUGCCAAGUAAGAACACUCAUGGCCAAACUCCCAGGUUUCCAGCUGAAGGCUUGCCAGCUCGGAUGUGUACCCGCUCAUUUACCGCAUUGACUGAACCCAGGAUGCCAGAUCCUCUGGAAGGCGCAAAGGCCUCAACCCCUCAGGAGAAGUUGGGCAAGAAGCCUGCUUGUCUUCUGAAACAGAGAGCUGCAUUCAAAGCUAGAAAGGCUAAUGGCAAACCAGCCCCUCCCCUGGUCUCCAGUUUGGUGCAGAACGAAGACUCUACUGGUCAUAAGGCCAAAGAAGCUGACUUGGUAGAAACCGAAGUGAAAGAUCAACAGUCGAUGAUCCUUCGCUCCAGGACCAGGACUCAGGAGCUCUUCCUCACAAAGCGGAGGAGAGAGAAAAGCGCUGUGGAGGCGGAGCUCAAGAACUCCAAGCCCCCCAAGAAGGUUUUUCCAAACAACCACCUGCCUGGUCCCUUCAAGAUCAGCCCCCAAAGCAGGUCUGAGAAGGAGAGCCGGCUGGGCAAAAGGUUGAAGCUCUCUAAAGCCAGGUCUGAAAUGGACGGCAAGAUGUCUGAGCAGCCGCUCCAUGCCCUGAAAAGGAAGUCCGCCUUCAUCCCUCCGGUUCCUGCUAAAAAGCGCAACUUGGUUCUGAGAAGCAACAGUCACAGCAGCAUCAACGUGAAGGAUGAGAAGCCAGAAGCUUCCCCCGGCCUGUUCAAGAGGAUGCCGUCGGCCAAAAAGGCAAAAGCAAAACCGCCCCCCAAGAACUCCUGUGAAGCGAUACUCAAGUCCCCUCAGGCAAAGGAAAACCCCGGCGUCUGCAUAAAAAUCACCUCUCGGGCGGCCUUCCAGGGAGCCAUGAAGACGAAAGUGCUGCCCCCGAGGAAAGGCAGGGGCCUGAAGCUUGAAGCCAUCGUCCAGAAAAUCACCUCUCCCAAUUUGAAAAAGUUUGCCUGCAAAACGACCGCCACGGCCAUCGCUGCCACCGUCCCCGCCGCCACCUCCCACUAUAAUCCCCUCAGCCCUUCCCUGCAGGAGAGGGAGCAGGCCUCAAAGAAUGCCAGCGUAACCCCAGCAGUGGGGGAAGCUAGGCCAUUAAACCAGGCCGUGUCACAAAAGGCUGCCGCCGCUCCAGCAGCCGAGCAAUUAUGCAGAAACCCGAACAACAGAUCCUUCAGAGGAAAACUAAUGAACAGUAAGAAACUGUCCUCCAACUGUUUCAAGGGUGAGGCCUAUUCAUCUCCCGAGACGUUGCAGCACAGCAGCGACGGCAUGGCAGCAAGCAGCACCGGCCUGCUGCCGAAGAAAAGGAACAGAAAAGGAAGAGCUGCAGCCUUUCGGGUGGCCAAAAAUAGCUUGGAGAAGUGCCCUCACCUGAGCCCCGCUCUGCUCCUCGCAUCCAGGGAGAAGUCGGCGGUGGCGGCUGCAGCCAGGAAAGUCGAAGAGGGACAAAGGGAGGGGAAGAAACCAAAGGCCGAAGACAAAGGCUUCGUCAGCGCCGAGAGCGCCGCGGGGAGGGCCUCGCAGGCCCAAACCAGGGCGCAGAAGCAGCGAGCCAACCAUUCCAACUACAACGGCUACACGAAGAGACAAAGGAAGCACCUCAACCGGCGCAAGGCCGAGAGCGUGCCGUCCAGGUGUAAGAGCAGGGCCAAGAGGCGGCACCAGCAGCAGACGCCUCUGCUGAGCCCCGCCGAGCCCGAAAUCCGGCUGAAGUAUGUGUCGUGCAAGCGGCUGCGGACCGACAGCCGGGCGCCACCUUUCUCCCCUUACGUGCGGAUGGAGAAACGGGACGAGUUCGUCACCACCUGCACCGUCGUCAACUUCCCCGCCGAAGAGGCCAGACUCCACAACGAUCAGCGCUCCUCUUCUUCUUCGUCGUCUGCCCAGGCCGGGCUUUUGGGGACCGCCUCCCUGCAGCCCCGGGCGAUCCUACCUCUGUCGUCCACAAUGCACCUCGGCCCGGUGGUCUUCAAGACCCUCAACGCCACCUGCUUGGUCUGCUGCCUCUGCCGGAAUCCAGCCAAUUACAAAGACCAGGGGGACCUCUGCGGGCCGUACUACCCCGAAGACUGCCUGCCAAAAAAGAAGUCGAGGCUGAAAGAGAAGAUCAAAGUGGAGGGGCUGAGCGAAGAGCCUCCCUCGCCUUCUCUGGCGGAAAGACUGCUCAAAGCGACAGAUAAUAAUUGUGCAACUAGUACGUUCGGUGGAAAGCCGCCAAGGUUGGACAGUGGCGCUGACUCAGCAAAACAGAGCGCUCUCCGCUCCAGUUCGAGGGGGAUGUUUAGGAAACUACAAAGCUGUUACUGCUGCGAUGAGAGGACAGAAGGAGAGGAGGCGGCGGCGGCGGCCGCAGCAGCCGCAGCAGCCGAGAAGCCCAGGAGGCACGAAUGCGGCAAAGCGGAGUCGCCACCGCCGGAUCCCGCCGGAGAUACGCAGGAGCACUGGGUCCACGAGGCCUGCGCUAUAUGGACAGCUGGGGUUUACCUGGUGGCGGGAAAGCUCUAUGGACUGCAGGAGGCAAUAAAGAUGGCUGCUGAUGUGAGAUGUUCCAUUUGUCAGCAAGUAGGAGCAACCAUUGGCUGUUGCCAUAAAGGGUGUGCCCAAACCUUUCACUACACAUGUGCCAUUGAUACAGGUUGUUUGUUAACCGAAGAGACCUUCUUGCUGAACUGCCCCCGACAUAAGAAGCCGUCGUUAUAAUGCACCGACGACGAAGGGACGCCGUCGCUUCCACAAAGUCACAGCCUGGGGAAGGGGUGUUGCGCUUUUGCAUGCCCCGGGGCAGCGGCUGCAACCAAGAUGAACUCCUUCUGGGAGAGGCAAAGAGAAUGUAAUCCGGCUGCGUUGCCCUGUCCCGCCCGCUCCACGUUUCCUUUGCAAUAGUACUUCUACUGUGAACAGAGCUGGCCGCACACAGAAGUUCCUGGUUCCAUUCCAGCUCCUGUCUGCUUAGGCCUCUGCAAUUUCAACUGACCGGACCCCAAAGGACGCAGAACUUCAGUCCUACUCCUAACCAGAUCCCAGGAACCCUAUUUAAUCUCAUGGUGGGCCAGCACAGGACUUCGGCUCCAGGUUCCGAUCUUCACCUUUGGAAUUCUUCCGAGAGCCAUUCCAGGUUGGCACAGAAGCAAAAAUCCAGUUCCGGCUUUUUCUCCUUGCUCCAUCCCUUCUCUGAACACUAUCCGGAGCCAGUUCAAGAGAGAAGAGCGAUUCCAUUUCCGGGUUUUCAUUCCUCCCCUCUCCUUUCCCUCACUUAGGAGCUGUAACCAAUACUGAUAAAGCUACCAUCUUCUACCUGGGACAAGGCUGCUGACAAAACCUGGGCUGGAGCUUGUGGGGUUUUUCUUCUUCUUUCUUUUUCUGCGUUCCUCCUUGCAGAAAAUCUUGAGGAUAUGCCCCCUCCCCCGGUCCACUUAACUUCGGAACUUCCAUCUUUGUGCACGUGGUCGACACGUUCUCGGGGGCUCGUCCCAACAGCACCAGUCACAGUAACUGUUCCAAACUCUCUUUCUCUACACCGGAGAGAAAGCGGCAGGGGCUGAGGCCAGACCGGUUGUAGCGGGGAGAAAUGCAGCCGUGUGCAGGAGUUCCCGACUGCAGUGUCUUUCUCUCGAAAUGCCGGACUCCGAGAGCUGCCCCAGAGCCCUCCCUCGCUUUUUUCUGAUCUGAUCUAUUUUUUGCCUUCAGCAAACCUCAUGGUGCGUGUGCGUGUAUGUGUGUUUCUGUAUAUAUAUGUGAUCAGCGUGUAAAAAGAAGCACCCCGACGUUUUUUGAAACAAUGCUGCGUCGCUUUGGUUCGUUCGCUCGUUUGUUUUGCUUUUGUCCCU